AUGUCAAGCCCUCUCCAAUUUUUAAACCACUCAAAUCCAGGCAGGCUUGCUACUGCCCAGAGCAAAGGGCCCCACAAGGCUAAGCCAUCGGAAGUCAGGCAUCUAUCAGCUUACACAUCUCGGAAAAAUAGCCCAGGGGCUUGUUUUGAUCCACCUCUUGAAGUGGUUCACACCAAGAACCCUGUCAUGGGCAACAGAAGGGCAGCUGACCCAGUCCAUCCUGACCUUGCUGGUUUGUUGGUGAAAAACAAGAAUCUUUUAGCUGAGCUAAGAAAUCUUCGAAACAAACUUUUCAUAAAAGAAACUUCAUUGCAAGAGAUGAAGAGUGAGCUAGAAAGUUACAAAGAAAAUAAUGUGCAACAGUCAUUCCAGAUAAUGUCCCUGAAAGAUGAUAUCAAGGACCUAGAGGAACUUAUUGCUUCUCUAACCAGAAUUAAAUCUUUGAAAAACAUCAAUAUUCACAGUCUUGAAAGAGGCAACUGGGAUCUAACUGAAAGAAUUAUAGAACUAGAAAAACUUCUAAGAGUACAUCUGAUUGAAAGAAAAAAAGCAGAGCUAAAAGCAGAACUUUUGGAGAAAAAGUUCGCAGCUGCUAACAGAUUCACCCCUUGUAUGAGUAUGAAGGAACAAGAAGAUUCCUUGGAUAGUUUCAAGAUGAAGGAUAAAGAUGAAGAUAUCCUGGCCAAGAACUUUGAAAGAGACAAUAUUUUUCACUCUGAAGGACCAAAAGAUGGGCAGAAAGUUUGGGAUAAAUGUCAACAAGAUUCGAUCCAUAAGGAAAAACAAAUACCUGAGUUAGACAGACCUCCAUAUUCAUUCAGCUGGGAAACUAGAACUGCACGAUCCCACUAUCAGAAAUUCCUCAGUCAGUUGUCUACUCUUCCCAGCAACAGUGUCAAAUCCACACCAGCCACGGAGGAAGCUGUGAAAGAGAGCAUUCAGGAGACUGGUGCAAAAGAGCAAUCUUGGAAGUCCAGAGCUGAAGGCCUUCAGCAGGAAGUUCAGAUGCUCACUAAGCAAUUGGAGAAGCAGUGUCAUCACUGUGAAGAGACUGCUGGAGAAUCAUCCGAUAAUGAGGAAAAGUAUAAGGAACAAAAAAGACCCUUGAAACGUCUGAAAGGGAAAACUGCGAUUAAUGACCUUUUUCAACGGAGAUUAGAGUUGGACACGAAGAAAGAAAACUCCUGGACUAAGAUUUCCCAGAUGGAUGAGCAUGGCAAAACAUUCAAGCGGCUAGAGAAAGAUAAUAAGCAAGAAACAUUAUUGAAUAUUCAGCAGAAUUUGCAGGUUGUUACAACUCAAAGAUUAGAGGAGAAAAUUCAGAAACUUCAGAAACAGCUUAGUGACUUGAAAUUGUCAAAUAAAAAUAUGAAAACUCAGCUGACAAGAGUAAAUGUCCUUAAAGACAAAACAAUUGAGAAGCUCAGGCAAUCUUUAACAAAAGUUGAAACAAUGAAAGGGAAGGCAGUUAUGGAAACAGACUUGAAAACUACAGUAGACUCUGCUGAGCAAGAGGCAAGAUGGGACAAAGAGAGGCCCCAUCAAAUGUCAGAAACUGUCACUCCUGAGCUCUGCAGAACAAAGAGCACACUUGAAGAUAUUGUUGACUUUCGAGAAGCUAUCAUGAAGACAUUGGGAUUUAACCUGAAAACAGCAGACAAGAAAAUCAUCAAUCACCUAAGGCUUAUUAUACAAGUAUAUGGAGCAUCUGACAGAUCAAGGAUUGCUUCUGAGUGUGAGACUGGACAGGAUAAAGAAUAA